UUUGUUUUUUUAUUACACUCCACACCAUCCACAGACACAGCACACACACUGCGCACUUGAUGCCCGGCCAUGUGGAACCUGUUUGGCCAGUUUCGUAGAUUUUGUUUUCCAAUCCAAUGUUGAAGGAACAGCUGCUUACCCUGGAUAAUCCCGUCUUCUGUUGUUAUCUAUUUUGGGCCACUGUGUUGGUUGUGAAAAUGCUGCUAAUGUCGCUGCUAACGGCGCUGCAGCGUUUUCGCUACAAGCUGCUGGGCUUGCUGCCUUUGGGGCUGCGGCGCAAGAUAUUCCCCAACGAAGAGGAUCUGUUUUUCAAGAACAUCGAAGUGCAGUUCGAUGAUCCACAUGUGGAACGCGUUCGCAGAGCCCAUCGCAAUGAUAUGGAGAACAUUCUGCCAUAUUUCAUUAUGGGUUUGAUCUAUCUGAGCACCGAUCCCAAUCCCACGGUGGCCUGCAAUUUAUUCCGCGUUGCCGCCGUUGCACGCAUCCUUCAUACGCUCGUCUAUGCCGUGUAUCCAGUGCCGCAGCCAUCGCGCAUUUUGGCCUUUGCCACCAUGUUGCUGAUUACGUUCUACAUGGCCGCCGUUGUGGCCUUGCGUACGCUUAGCUUUAUUUAAUUAGAGUAUUAAAUAGUAAAAACAACACACACACGCACGCACGCGCACACAGAUUCAGGUAGUUUAAGUAAAGGCGCGUUAAACGACAUGCCGACGACGUCACAGUUUUACCGGUUUGAUCAGGGCUGCACACACAUGUAUGUAAUCUAGGGCUGUAGUACAACUUACAAUAAAAUGGAAUAUACUAAAGAACAUUGUUGACGUCAUAGUUGCCACUGACAGUCAACUGCAGCGCAGUGCUGUCCUGACGUCACAAUAGCAAAGUUGCUGGGCAAAGCAGCAGUAAUCGUCACAAUUGCACAGCGCUGACGUCGCAGUUGCCAAUUACACGGCUGCAGUCGAAUGCAAGCCUUACGUCACAGCCGCAAAGCGUUGUAUACCUUACAUAGUAAUCGCACCUUGACAAGAUUGUUAUACAUUAAUUAGUAAACAAAUACAAAUUGCGCUUUUUUGGUUCAACAAUUUUGGUUUCUAUUUUUCCUCUUCGUUUAAAUUAACUAAAAUUAGCUUGAGAUAGCAAAACAAAUAAAAAAAAAAAAACAUCGCAAAGAGAGAGAGAAAGAGA